AUGGACAUUCCUUCAGCAAACAAAAUUUGUGUGGUCACUGGUGCCGCUGGAGGAAUUGGCUCAGAAAUUUGUAAAAGACUUAUCGCAGCAGGAUGUGAAGUCAUUGGAGUGGAUUGUAAUUCCUUCCGUUUGCAAGAAUUGGCCACUGACUUGAACACUUACUCGAGCACUCGAUUUCACUCUGUGGCCAUGGAUUUGAGUCGUGAUGAAUCGGUCAAGAAGGGUGUUGAACUCAUUCAGGACAUUCUCAACAAGAGCCGUCGUGAUGAUGAUUUCUCCAACGAUUGCCAUUUACAGACAUCACCAGCUCAACAACGAAAGAUAUUUGCAUUGAUUAAUAAUGCAGCCGUUCCAACCACUUCUCCUCUCAUGACCUCCGUUGCAGAGGAAAGACCUGACCGUUUACAAGAAAUGAUGAAUAUAAAUGUUGGUGGUUAUCAUCGAAUGGUUCAUUAUUUACUUCCACAUAUGGUGAUCAAUGGUGUAGCCAAUUCUUUGAGUGGUGAGAAUACAGAAUCCAAGGAUGUGAAAAGUGGUCGAGGCGGAAUUAUUAUCAACGUGUCAUCAGGAGCUGGAGUGUUGGCAGGUCCUUUUCUAGGUUUUUAUCCCAUCACGAAAUUUGCAAUUCAAGGAUUCACAGAUGUGUUGCGAAGAGAAUUGUCGCAUUUGGGACUUCGAGUGUGUUGUGUCAUUCCUGGUUUUACGAAAAAAGGAAUGACAUUUUCUCAGAAUAUUGAUGAGGCAAGCCUUCUGAGAGACAGUAUGAAACACAUGCAACAAAGUAUGAAUUCCAAAUUGGAAUGGAUGGGACAAGAGCCAAGUGAUGUGGCUCGUGUGGUUGUGGAUAAUUGCUUUUCAUCGAAUUGUGGUGCAAGGGUGUUUGCUGAUCAAUGGAUGAUGAGAUUUGUGUGGCCAUUGUUGUUGACGGUACAAAUCAUGUGUCCUUCUCUUGUAGAUAGGAUGUUCUUGUGA